UUGAAUUUUAGUUUAACAGCAACGAUCGAGGAAGUAACAUCGUGCAGAGUUUUUCGUGUAUUUUCUUCGUAUAAAAUUUUGUCGCCUUUAGUCCAUGUGUGUAUUUAACUGAAACAAGUGCGAAUAAUGAAGUGCUUUUUGUACAGCAUACUGUUGAUGUUUCUUUCGGCUGUGAAUGGAACAUUUUGGUAUAAAAAUGAUGAUUUUGAACGAGCCAUGGACCCAUACAAAAGCAAUCUGUCUCAGGAAUAUCUGCGCGCUUUGUCAAUAUUUAAACGAAAAUUGCAAUUGCUCGGCUUUUAUCCGAUAGUGUUGAACGACGAUGGAUUGGAAUAUGUGUCAAUGGAUCCGUAUCUUAUUGAAGAUGAUGACGACGAUGAAAUGUACAAAUUGUUGAAGAAAAUCAAAAAGGAGAAAAAAGCUCGCAAGAAAUCGCAAAAAAAGAAGUCGAAAAAAUCGAAAAAAGGCACUGAAGCACCUCCCGUUGAGACAACAACCGUCCAGCCAAUAUCGAAUAUUGUUUACUAUUGGCCAUCUGCGAUUACAACAAUUGUGCAUCCAUCAGGCCAAGACGAAGAUACCAGUACUUAUCAGCAUUCAAUCGAUACCAGACUUAGUAUCGGUGAUUCAUCAGAUGAAAAUAGCGCCGAGGCCGAGGUAGAUGCCAGUUCUAAAGAUCAAAUUGUUAAAAUUGAUCAACAGAAACCGGCCAAAAUCAACUAUCAAACAACCUUCAGCUUCGGACGGAGAUUUGAUAACGACGACGUAGAAACACGGCCAAUCAAAAAUCAAACAUUACCGCCAACAACGACAGCGUAUCCGUUAUUAACCGUCGUCCCAGAUCCCGAGCAAGUGGCCAUUCAGGAAAUAAUUGAUCAGCAGGAAAUCGUCAACAAAAUCUCAAUUGAUCAAGUAAACGCAACGAAAACAGUAGGGCAAGAUCAUGUUGAUCGAAUCACUGACACACCAGUAGCCGAUCAAGACCAUCUAACAACAAAUGAAACGAUUCAGGUAACAGAGGAAGCCCAAGUCUACGAAGAAAGCCCAUCCUAUUCUCAGGAUAAGAAGGUUGCCGAUGAAAUUCCUGAAGAAAACGUACCAUUUGAAGCGUCAACCGUAACAACAGUUGAUGUGUCUUCUGUAUCUUCCAUCACUUCCGUUGAUGAUUCGACAACAGAAUUAUCGGCCUAUUCAACGGAACCAUCUCCAUCCAUACCAAUUGGAGCACUGCAGUUUUUUCAUGAGACUUUACCCGAUGAACAUGAUGUUCCCAUCAGCCUACCAAACUUAUCCGAAAUCUUUGACAGUAUCACCGAAUCCAAUUCUGCAAACGCUCAUAUUUCUGAUAAAGUCGAAGAAACUACGGAAAACAAUGCAAAUAUUGACGGACAUCGUGAAACUGAUACACAGCAUGGUCAUUCUAUUGUUCAGUUGAACGAAAAAUCUUCAACAGCAAUGCCACCUCUUGAUGAUCACUUAACAACCCCAAAGUCUACCGAUGGUACAACCUACACAGAAUUGGAAAUUACAAUCCCAACCAAUACCAACAGCGACUCCGAAGGAUAUGAGUAUCUCAUUGAUCCAAAGAUUACACGCCCAAUUAAAGUCUUGGAUGGGCUCGAAUCAAGAUCGUUAACAGAUGAACCCAUAAUUGUUGCAGUGGAUGUUAAAAGUGGCAGACGAUCAGAUGUUCCUAUCGAGGCCGAUGAUAUUAACGAGGAAGAUACAACCGAUAAUUUGGCAUACAAUUUAAUUGACGACAAGCUGGAGCUAGUUGAAAACACUUCAGCUGAAAUGAGCACUUCACCACCAGUCGAGGCUGUAAAUUACGACAACCAUGACCAAUUCGACGGUGAGAUCAUUCCACUGAUUCCGAUCAUUAUCAAGCAAAUGAAACAGGGAAAUGUUAGUCCCGAUGAAAUGGAAAUUAUGAAAAAUUCGUUUGGACCAUUUUGGCCGUUCAUCGUGGAAGAAGCAAGCCGUGAAAGUGAUUCAUCCGAGGAAAUGAAUCCACUGCUCAACGAACUAUUGAAUUCUGCCAAUAGGAAAAUUGUGAAGCGAGAAGCAACGUUCGGACGACCGAUCUAUCAAAGACGAAUCUAUGUUGAUGAUGACGACGAUGCUCCACGCAGAAGGUACAUUGGCCGAUUUCGUCGACCAUAUCUUCGAUAUUAUCUGCAGAAAUAAUUUUUUAUUUACACGCGGAACGCUUGUUCAGA